AUGCAUUUUCUAACUGGCAAAGCAACAUACCCUUCCAACUUCAACGAAGAAGAGGAGGAAGAAGAAGAAGACCCAGCUGAUGAUUUUUUCAACUACGAGGUGCCGAGUAAUCAGCGCCGUGUGCAAACACAACCUCAAACUGCUUCCCCCCCGAAGAAGAAUGUAUCGUUCCAGCGUCAUGCUGUGCAGCAUUCAAUCGAUCAGAUUUACGACGCCGAAGGUGAUGUGAGGUCUCGUGAAGAUGUCAUGGACGAUAUCGACAACGACACCCUUGCCUCCGCUCAGCUCUGCGCAGAGGAACAGAAGAACGCAGAGAAUCUGGGCGGCCGGUCGUCUAGACAGCAACUCCGCAGUGCAGGUCUCUCACAGCCCAUGGGCUCGACCGGUCGCAGCCCCUCUAGACAUGACUCGGCAACCGGACGCCGAACAACACGUAGCAGAAGCCCGGCCAAGCGCAGCACAGCAACAGCUACUUCAUCCAGAGAUGGCCCGAACCCACCUCAGACAACGACCAGCCCGGCCAAAACGACACUCCAAAGAGGUCGGAACAUCUUCAUCGGUUUCGAAUCCACUCCACCAGAAAACCUAACGCCUCAGGAGAAUAAAGACAACAAGCUCGACGGCGAUGUAAUGAACAAAAUAGCCACCAUGAGAGGCAGCAUCGAGGGGUUAUGUAACGAGUAUCUCGGUUUCAGCGACGGAAAUCGUGUCCACGUGUGGCUGAAAUCGCUGAAAACGGAGGAGCGACGAACGUUGCUGAACUUUUCCAGAGCUGUCGCUGACGGUGGCGGUGAUAAUGAAAAAUGGGUAGAAAUCGUCUCCGACCCCGAUAAUCGUAAAGGACUCGGCUACGGCAUCAUUCACAGGGCCCUGGUGAUGCACGUCUUUGGAAGUCUGUUAUUUGGAGCUCCUCAGGAAGUGUCCGAUUACCUGGAACGAAUGCAAUUACAGCAAGAAAACGAAGAUGGUUUUUACAGAGCAGAGCAACGCGCCGAGUACAUAACGUCUUACGAAAUCCACCAUAGAAUGGACUUCAACAAGACUCACGAGCGCAAAUUUGCCACCCUUAAGCUGGGCGUGCAGAUUGCCGAAAUACUUCGGCCGCUUCUCGAUUUUGGACCAUACACGGAAGGAAGUGCUCUACCAGUUCGGAAAUACCUUCAAGGGUCAAGUGAUUGA